AUGGACGCGUUAUCCAAAACUGUAGUGUUGGAAAUAAGCAAACUGGUGGAGAUCGAGUCGAAGAUGCUUAAAAUAGAAAUAAACCGCGGACGAAAUGAAAUCUCUUCACUCACAGAGAAACUGCAGCUGAUGGAGAAGCUGCUUUACAUGCAAGGGAAUAGACAGGACUUUACAGCAGUUGCAAUGGUGAGGGACAGGGGACUUGUACUGCAGCCUGACAGGACAACUCAACCAGCCAUAAACAGUUCACAACAUCCUGGGGAGAGUCCAAGAGAUGCCAUCACCUCUUCCACCACUGAAGACACCAACCAACAACAAAGGGUUGAGCCUGCCCAGUCUAUUGAAAAUGCAGUGCUGGAGCCUGAAAUUGUUAUCAAGGAGGAGCCGUUAGAGGAGCAGUGUGGAGUCUUUGAUAAUAGAAGCAAAUGUGAAAGCGUGAAUCCUGUGGUUGUGAUUGCACCAGUGAAGUCUGAGGUCGAUCUGUGCCCCCCACCUGUCAGACAAGUUGCAGAUAAGCAGCAGUUCAGGCUGGACUAUACUCCUGUCCUCAGAAGCUUGGGUUGUGUGACAGAACAGCAGUUUGAAGAAAUCCUUGUCAAGAUCCAGCAAGAAGUGGACAGACGAAAGUGUUUGGAUAUUACAUCUGCUGAACGAACUGCUGCUAUAAGAGACAUUUACCGACCUCUGCACCCUCAUGUCUACCACCUACAGGAGUCUUUUCUUGCACCAAGAUUCAAGCAGAUAGUGGAGUAUUGCAGGGGCAUCAGUGCUUGUGAAGAGGGUCUGUUGGAACUUUUAGAUGAAAUGCCAGGCCAUAGGGUUUAUCGAUUUCCUGUAUUCGAAAAACAGUUUUGUGAAGAGCUGCUUCAGGAGCUGGAGCACUUUGAGAAGUCUGCAGCCCCUAAAGGAAGACCCAACACGAUGAAUCACUAUGGGAUCCUUCUGAAUGAACUUGGUUUUGACUCAGGAUUCAUCAGUCCUCUCCGUGAGCUUUACCUGCGUCCAAUCACCACCCUCUUGUACCCAGACUGUGGAGGACACUGCCUGGACAGCCAAAAAGCCUUUGUAGUUAAAUAUGACAUAAACGAGGAUCUCGACUUGAGUUAUCAUUACGACAAUGCUGAAAUAACGCUCAAUGUUUCUCUGGGUAAAGAUUUCACAGAGGGAAACCUUUAUUUUGGAAACAUGAAACAGGUUCCCCUCAGUGAGUCUGAAUGUGCAGAGGUUGAACACAGAGUGACUGAGGGCCUUCUGCACAGGGGCCAACAAAUGCACGGAGCUCUGCCCAUUUCCUCUGGACAACGCUGGAACCUCAUAAUUUGGAUGAGAGCUUCUGAAGUGCGCAACAAACUGUGUCCUAUGUGCCAACGGAAGCCAUCUUUGUUAGAAGGAGCGGGCGGGACCCGGGGUUUUCGGACUCAGCUGGCGAUGAUCUGGGAGAAGCUGACCAAAGCAGCGCUGGUGGAAAUAAGCAAUAUCGCCGACGAAUGCUCCGCUGUCCUUCACACCGAGAUCUCCCUCCAUAAGACAGAGAAUGAGGCUCUGAAGAAGCGGUGCUACUCGCUGGAGGUGCAGCUGAGAGCGGCCAGAGAGGCUCAGUCCUACCCCGGGCAUGGCAGCAGUCUGGCACACCGCCACAGCGCAGAUCAGCCUCACCAUUCUCCAGAGAUUGAAGGAGUGUUUGGAAAGGACUGGUGCAUGGAACUAUGGAGAGAUGACAAAGCCUUGCCACGAGAAAAGGGGAAUGUUGACGCUGCUGCUAUGACAAGUCUCCAGGCACAAACUAUUGAUUUGAUUGAGAGCGAUCCAGAGCUAAUUUUUGUCAAAGAAGAGAGCUAUGAUGAUCACCCCAUUGGACAUGGACACCACAUGCCACUGCCAGAAACACCCACUGGUGCUGGGAUUUUUGAGAACAACAUGCUUCACCGAUCUGUUGAGCAGCAGCUCCAAUCUGAGCUCAAUAACUUUCAGUUAAUGACUGAAAGUCACAGCACAAGCCAGGCGUGCACUCAGGCAGCACUGCCCACAGAGCACCUCAUAGAUGAAGCUACGAUUAACACUAUCGAUAUUUAA